AAAUUUCAGCGCGGAACAAGCGAUUGACCAACAAAGAACCCGGCCAUCACCGCCCAUCACAAUUUGCGCCUCGAGACUUGAAAUACCAAACAAGAUACAAAGAUGAGACUGGCAAUGUUGAUGAUGUUUGUGUGGUUGGCUUCCCUCCUCUGUCGAGUGGAAGCGUUGGUCUUUGUGACUGCAAAAAUCAACCCUGUUGCAGCCAUCAAAGCCGUUAAUCCUAUCAAUGUUUUCUCCUCACGGGUCCCACAUGAUACCAAUGCGUUCUCCACCGCUCUCAAUGCCCGAGAGAAGCAUGUCAAGAUGGCUGCAAGGUUGCUCGAUUCAAGCUCGUUCGGCCACAGCGAUGAUACUAUUCAAAGUCAUCGAGACGAAAUUGUGGAUCUUGUCUACCUGCGAUCAUUGCAGCGAAUGAAUGGCUUUGGGGUUGAACCGACGGAAUAACACCACAUUCGAGACAUUCACUGAUCUGCCAUGCUGCCUGGAAUUGGCAGGCUUCUCUACCAUCCAGCCAGCCCUCGUUCCCAAGUUCUGCUGUCAAUGUACCCUACGGUAACCUGAAAGGCAACACUGUCUCAUUGCAAGAGUUUCCAUGACAACACACCAGCGAGAAGAGCUGUUCCAAUACAUACUGACCAAAUCCAUCAAUCUGCAUAGUCUAGAAUAUCUUUACUUAAUAUAGAUACAUUCAUUUCUUUACGCCC